CAGCAGCAGCAGCAGCUUCAGCAACAACAGCAGCAACAGCAGCUUCAGCAACAACAGCAGCAACAGCAGCUUCAGCAACAACAGCAGCAACAGUUCUACCACUCUGCUGUCGGCAACAACUUCCAAUACAAUGCCGGCUUCGGUCAACCCCUGUUCCAACAGCAGCAGCAGUAUGGCAUGAUACAGCACCAGCAACAGUACCAGCCCGCCCGUCCUGGCUGGGCCGUGUCCCGCGAAGAAAAGGCCCAGUAUGACCAGAUCUUUUCGGAAUGGGAUCCCGACCAUUCCGGCUACAUCAGCGGUGAACGCGCGCGUGAGAUCUUUGGAUUGAGUGGUCUCCCACAGACAGACCUGGGUCACAUCUGGGCUCUCGCGGAUCCUAAUAAUCAAGGAAAGCUCAACAAGGACGAAUUCGCUGUCGCCAUGCAUCUGGUCUAUCGAAAGCUGAAUGGAGGCGACAUCCCCGCAGUCUUGCCCGACGACCUUGUCCCGCCUUCCUCACGCGACAUCUCAGAGACUCUCGACUUUGUGAAAAGAUCGCUCAUGACCGAUAUCCCCUCCAAAACCGGUUCCACUAACUGGGGUUCCUAUGGCUCCAACUCCUCCACGUCCGUAUCCAAACGUCUCAGCGUCCGAGCCCCAGACGACGUAGGAUACGUGUCUUCUGCCCGUAGAGGAAAUACCUCCGGCAGCCCAGCAUUAUCAGGUCGCAGCUAUGGUUCCUCAGAGAACUCUGUUGGACGACUGCAGAAGCAGAUCAAUGAACAGCGAUUGAUCCUUGAGGCGACACUUUCUCAAAACUCAGGCCAAUCCGAUUCAAGCGAGGACAGGGAGAUCGCGGACUUGAAGGCGCAGAUCAGGAACGCACAGUCAAGACUCAUGGUUUCAUCAAACGAAAGCAUCCACCGACGAAUCGCCAGUGGAUCCGAAGAUCUUGCUCGUCUUCGGGAGGAACGCAGGAAUAUGGACCAGGAAGUUUCGGCAUUGCUCAGAUCCGUCGCGGCACUCGCGAGCAAGGUGCGUGAAGCCGAUAAGAAUUUGGAGGAGUCCCGUCUGGAGGUCGCUAAACUCAAGGCCGGAAAUUCGUCAGGUGGAGAUGCCAACGUUGCCGGAACAGGACCAGGAGGGGCUGUUACUGCAGAGGACAGGAUGAAGGCUAGAAUUGCGCUUAUGAAGGCCCAACGUAUGGCCGCUCUCACUGGAAAACCUGUUCCCUCCGCCGCCCAAGCAGGAAUUGACCCUGAUCAGGCUGCUCGUAUCAGAGCUGAAAGGGAUGUCAGCGAACAAAACGUCGUUGAAGUUGAGACAGCCGUUCGUCGGCUUGAGGAUAUCAUGCGCCAACUUGAGCGAGAUCUUGACGUUCAUGCGCGUCCAUUUGGAGACAGUCGCUCCGAUAACGAUCGUCGAAGGUGGGAGGAGGGAGCCGGUGUGCAGUCCGAGAUUGCACGCCGUUUUAUUCAAGAGAUCAAACCUGCUGCCAACCCUCAGCCGCCUUCUGUUCCCUCUUACCAAUCCUCGUCAUCGUCUACUACGCAUGCUUAUUCCUCGGUGACUUCGCAGAGCAGGCUGAAUGCAUCCACCCCAGUCUUGUGUUCGCUUCCAGUCUCGUCAUCGUCCUCAGUCGUCUCAUCCCCCUCGUUAUCGAGUGUUAGUCUCGCCGGCAAGACCCCGGAGGAGCGCCGUGCCAUUAUUCGAGCUCAAGCGGAGAAGCGUUUGCGCGAUCGCCAAAACGAACUCCUUGCAAAGGCCCAUAUCAGCCGUGCAGAGACCAGUUCUCCUUCCCCAGCAUCUGCUGUGUCUGAGGUGGACGCGUAUACUAGUGCCAAGUUUGAGGAGGCUGAGCGUCAGGCCAGAGAGAAGUUGCUUGCCAACGCAGAAUCAAAACGUCGUCAGGCGGAACAGGAGCGACAGGCAGAGAGGGAUUUGAAGGCAAACCAAGAGAGUAACACCCGGGCUGAGCAGGAGCAAAGAGAUCGGGAGCGUUUGGAUGCAGAACGUCAGGCUCAAAAAGAGGCACAGGAGCAGCGAGAGGCAGCGGAGCGUAGACUGAGGGAGCAGCAGGAACUUCAGCGGCUCGAGAGAGAGCGCGAAGAGCAGGAGGAACGCGAGAGGAAAGAGCGAUUCGCACAAUCAACUGCGGCCGCCAAGCAGCAGCAGCAGCAACAGUCGGCUCCUGCUCCUCCCCCUGCCCCUACUCCCCCCCCUGUCCCUGUCCCUGCCCCUGCCCCUGCCCCUACUCCUGCUCCUGAGCCCCCCAAGAUCCAGGGAAUCCGCAUCACGCUCGAUAACAACCCAUUUGCAAAGCACCGCAAGUCGAUCUCCUCAUCUGACGACGACUGGGACACGGCGAGCCCUGUCAGCUCCACUCUUCCUGUUGCACCGGCUGCUACUUCUAGAAGCUCGAGUGCUAUCUCGAACUCGAACAAUCCCUUCUUCCUCAUGAUGUCCUCUGGCAGCACGCCUCAAGCAACGAAUGCCUCGCACUCGAAAGACACCUCAGAUGGCUGGGAUGUCGUAGAGAAGGACGUAAACUUUGUCGACCAACUCUCGCAGAAGCUGUUCUCCACGUCUGCGAGUGUUGUAAAAACCGAUGUCGUCCCUCCCUCGGACAUCUUGACUCCAUCGGCAAACGCUCCUCCUCCACCACCCAUGCCAAGCGCCGGCUCGUCCAUUCCGUUGCCACCUCCUCAACCUACCAGUACCAUCCCUAUUCCUCCCCCAAUGCCACCAACCGAUGUCUUGAAGCCAUCGUCUUCAGCUCCGGCGCCACCACCACCACCUCCAGCUGGAAUCCCUGUUCCUCCUCCAGCUCCGCCAGCCGGUAUCCCAGUUGCUCCUCCAGCCCCACAGGCUGGUAUACCAGUUCCCCCACCUGCUCCAUCAGCAUCUGGGUCGUCUUCUCUCCCCAAGGCCGAGGGCGCUCGUGGAGCUCUUUUGAGCCAGAUCCAAGCUGGUGCCCGGUUGAGGAAGGCUGUCACUACAGACAAGAGCACAGCUAAAGGAGUUGGGCGAGUUUUGAGCGAAGAAAACGCAGCAUCAGCUAGCUCCACGGAUAAAGAGGCAGAUCAUAUAGAAUCCAACUCGGAUCAUAGGCCUAUGGGUAUGCCUAGCCUUGGAGGUUUGUUUGCCGGUGGAAUGCCUACACUUAAAAAGUUGGUGGGCAUCGCGACUGGACGAGCGGAUACUCCGGCCGAGGAUCACGAUAGUAGACGAGAGAGUACUGACUGGUUCGGUCGCUUGGCUAGUCAUCCUCCUGCUGAAGCAUCUGAGCCUCAAACAUCUGAGCCUCAAACAUCUGAGCCUGAAGCAUUACCUUUGGCAGCGGUGGCUCAGUCUCCAGCAGCCCAGGAAAUGGCCCAGCCCGCAGCUGCUGUUGUAGCGUCACAGCAGCCAGCGGCCAAGGCUGACGAUUCCAUUGAGAACAAGGUCGACUUUUCGAGCGGCCGCCGUGCUAAGGCCCUUUGGAAUUACAGCGCCAUGGCCCCUGACCAGAUCAACUUGGAUGCCAACGACUACCUGCUUAUCUAUCCUUCCAAGGAAGCCGACAAUGUGGAUUGGGUCUAUGGUGUCGCGGAAAAGGACGACAAGGUCAAGGGCUGGCUCCCCAAAGCGUACAUUCAGGAGGUUGCUGAAAAAUUCAAGGCCAAAGCGCUUUUCACUUACGCUGCCCAGAACGAGGGUGAGCUCGCAGUCGAGCGAGGCGACAUUGUUGAGGUACUUGAAAAACCCGAUCCUCAGUGGUGGAAAGCCCAGAGUUCCUCGGGCGUUGUCGGUAUGCUUCCAGCCACAUAUCUUGAAGAGUAUAUCGAGGGCCAGGCCCCAGCUAUCGAACUUCCUAUUGGAAAGGCUAAAGCCCUUUACGCUUAUGCAGGACAGAGCGCGGAGGAGCUUUCAGUGGACGCUGGUGAUGAGGUCGAGAUCAUGGAGAAACCCGACCCAUUGUGGUGGCGCGCCAAGAAUGCCCAGGGAGUUACUGGAAUGCUUCCCGCCACGUAUUUAGAAGAAAUUGACGGGCAAUCCACUAUUGGUUAGUGCAUUGUAUUGCUAUCCGUUCGUUCAUUUCUUUCUGGCGCGUAUCGUCCAUGUGGAGCUCGGGGAUGAAGACUCUCAUCGUUGCAGUCCCUCCCUCUGUUUGUGCAUGAGGCGGUGUCGCGUCGAGUAGUCUGCCCUUUCCUUGCACCUCUGAACUUUGAGAUUUAUUAAAGAUAUACAAUUGUUGGAGUAAAAAACAAGAAAAAAAACAAGCGUGAAAUAACAAGA